UCGAAUUAGUCCCCUUUGAAAAUGGUGCGGUUUCUAGUAUUUCCAUUAGUUGCGUUAGUAAUUAUAUCCUUUGUGUCCGGUGCGGCUGUUCCAAAAGGAUUACUGCCUACAUACAGAUAUGGACGAAUUAUUGGCGGCACACCAAUUUCCAUUGCUGAAGUUCCAUACAUGGCCCAGAUAGUCAACUACGGAGCUCAAUAUUGUGGUGCAACCAUUAUUUCCAACGAUGCAGUUGUCACGGCUGCCCAUUGCUUGGUGGGUUUAAUAGAAAGAUGGACUAAAAUCCGUGUCGGUACCAACCACCGCAAUUCAGGCACCCUAUUACCAAUACGUAAGAUGGUUGCUCAUGAAAAUUUCGAAUCCGUAGAAAAGGGUAAUGACGUUGCGUUAAUUUGGUUGCAAGAGCCAUUAACGUUUACCAGCCUCAUUCAGAAAAUCCCCCUGGUAGACCCAAAUACGAUAGUGCAACCUGGACAGAUAGCGCUGGUGACGGGAUGGGGAUACAUGAUGCUGAAUGGGUACAUGCCAGAUCAGUUGAUGGGGCUGCAGGUUCCAAUCAUAGACCGGAAAGAGUGCAAUGCCGAUUACGAGGGAAUUAUUACUGAGGAUAUGCUAUGCGCUGGAUAUCCGGAAGGGCAAAAGGAUGCAUGCGAUGGAGACUCCGGAGGACCGAUGGUAAUUAAAGCACGUCUUGUUGGUAUUGUGUCAUUUGGCUACCUAUGCGCUCAACCUGGAUAUCCUGGAGUGUAUACAAAUGUGGCACAUUUCGCUAAUUGGGUUACUAUGAAGGUUUCAGAGGAAGCAGCAGUGAAUAGCACAUCCACCGUUAGUAUACUAUCUUAAUAAAAAGUGAAAUUGUAGAAAAUA